AUCUUUAACUUUUGUAUUAUUGAUUUUCUAUAAUUAAUAUCCAUCUCCAUUUGAUAAAAUAUCUAAAUACAAUUGAAAUAUUUGUAGAUGAUAUAUAGACAAAAUGUUUACAUUGCAUGUUUACAUUACGCGAGAAAAUAUAUUUUUAAUUUCAUUAUUUUUUGUUGUGCAUCUGUAGGUAUGGCAACAAUAUUGAUUUUCAGUCUAACAUAAGUUUAAGUCCUAUAACAUCGUCUUAGCUGAUGCUAGAAAUGUGGCAAGAUAACGAAGUCAAAUUUGAUAUUUCUCAUUCCAAUAUGCAAUUACGAUCUGGUGAAUUUACUGUUGACAAACUUGAUAUGAUAGAAGAUACAAAAGGCAAUGCUGGGGAUUUAGGAAGAUUGAUUAUCACUAAUUUGAGGAUCAUAUGGCAUUCCUUAGCUUUGCCACGAAUUAAUUUAAGCAUUGGCUACAAUACAUUUAUCACAGUGAACACAAAAAUUCUUCAUACGAUUCAUAGUGUAUAUGUGCAAGCUCUUCACGUAUUGACUUCAUUUCGAAAUUGUCGAUAUGAAUUUAUAUUUACGAAUCAUGAUACCAAAAGUACACGACACUACACUUCGGUUAUAGGUGUUUACAGAGCUUACAUGUCAUCAAAAAUCUACAGAGAGAUUAAAUUGAGAAGCGGUAUCAUAUGUGAAAAUCGAUUAGUUUUAUUACCUCAAGAAAAGGUGCAUUCUUCUGUACAAGAUGUUUGGAAUUUAUCUAUUGAACAGGGAAAUAUUGGAACUUUCAUUAUAACAAAUAUACGGUUGGUAUGGUAUGCAGAUGUGAAUCAUCAGUUUAACGUAUCAAUUCCUUAUCUUACAAUUGGAAAUAUUACUAUAAGAACAUCGAAAUUUGGACCGACUUUAGUAAUUUUAAGUACAGAGGCUAGCGGAGGAUAUGUCUUGGGUUUUCGUAUUAAUCCGUUGCAACAACUUCAUAUUACUCAUAAAGAAAUAUCAAUAUUUCGUUCAGAAUUCGAAAAAUUUCCUAUUUUUGGUGUAGAAUAUACGUUUGAGCAUCAGGCACCUUUACAAGAAGAGAUUAAUGUGGAACAUUUUACUGAAAUACAAGAUAAUCAAGCUGAGAUAUCAAACGUAUUUGGUUAUUAUUUUUCUGAGGGAGAAACAGGUCAUAGAAAACCACACUUCUCGAUUAAUUUAGGCCUUGCAGCAGAAGAGCCAAGAGAAGGCAGCACACUGCAAACUUUAUGGGAACUUGUACCAUCAUGCGUUAAUUAAUUUUUUAGCUUAAUUUGUUUUUAAAAUAAAGAAAAAUAAAUUAUAACAUUA